GAGAGACUGAGAGACUGAGAUUGAAGCUCGGUAGGAGUCUCUAGGGUUUUGGUUUUGCGCGAUGGAGGACUCGAAAGAUGACGCGCCGGUGUUUCUGGAUCGUACCUCACGCGCCACCAGAGGGAAGAGGAUGACGAAGUUGCUGGAUGAUGAAAUCGAAGAGGACGAGACGUUCUGGAAUCAAGAAGCUCUUAAAGAUGAGGAAGAAGAUGAUAACUAUGAAGCAGAGCCUGAAGUUGCUGAUGUUUUCGAUAGCGAUUUCGAUGAAGAUGAGCCUGACCCGGACGAAGGUGCCGAAAACAAUGAGGGAGAGGAAAGACGGACGAAAAAGCGGUUGAUAUUUCCGGGGAAGCAAUCAAGCAAGAAGAAGAAGAUAAAAGUGCUUUCGAAGAUAGAAGACAGCUCCAAGAAGGAAAAGCUGAAAUCUUCUUCUAAAGCGGAACAACACGCUCAUGAUGCUCCAGAGGAUGGAGAAGGGGAGAGAAGCGUGAGGAAAUCUACGAGAACUGCAGUGGUUGUUAGGCAAGCUGAGAGAGAGGCAAAUCGUGCCGCUUUGCAAGCAACCUAUAGGCCGAUAAAGAGAAAAAAGGAAGGCGAAGAGAAGAGGAUGAGUCAGGAAGAGAUGCUUCUGGACGCUGCUCAAACAGAAAUUAUCAACUUGAGGAACUUGGAGCGUGUUUUAGCAAGGGAGGAAGAAGUUAAGAAAAGAGCAAUCGUGCAUAAGGCUGUCUAUACUGGUCCACAACUACGUUAUUUCUCAAAAGACGGUUCCUCAUAUCUAGAAUUCAGUAGAGGCUUAUCAUUCCAGUCUGAACUCUCUACAACAUCUUCUCCCUAUCCUGAGAAAGCUGUCUGUGCAGUUACCGGCUUACCUGCCAAGUACCGUGAUCCAAAGACAGGGCUACCUUAUGCAACAAAGGAAGCUUUUAAAGUUAUUCGGCAGCGUUUUCUACAAGAAAGUGGUGCAAUUAGGAAAGAGAUGGACCUGGGUGAUUUGUAUGAUUCACUUUCCGGGAAAGGUUUUUCAGCAAGGCAGAAGAGAUCGGUGGUGUCAAAUAGAAGUGAGGUGUCAUAUCCUCGAUCCUUUGCACGUUUCAGGGCUCCAGCUCUUGGAAGUGUAUCCUCUGAAGAGUGAUGUUGAAUCUGAGACUGCAGGGUCUCAAAGUUCUUAAUGUGGGUUCCUUUGGAAAAUGUUUUAGUGCCUAAUGGGCUAUGUUAUGUGCAACCAUCUUGAAGAUGUCUCUAUGAAGAAGGCUUGCUGAGCAGAAUCAGAGGUUAUUUGUAAGUAUUUCUAACAUUGGCUCUAGGAAAAUAUCGUUAAGACAUUAAAUAUAUAUACUUAUGGAAUCAUGUUAAUUCGAGAUAUGUUAUAUCUCUGCAUUUACUUUGG